CUGUCUGAGAUCAGAACACACACACUCUCACUCAUGCUCAUGUGUUGAUCUGAAAGUCUUCUCUUGUGGAUGCUGGAGCUGAGGAACAUCAUGCUGGUGUUUGGGCUGCUGCUGCUGCAAACUGCUGCAUGUAUGGAGCGGUUCUGCAAUUUUACUCAGUCAGAUGCCUGUUAUGCAGCUCUGGGACACAAACUCAAUCUGCUGAUGGUGCUGAACGCUAGUAAAUAUGACCUGGUCAUAAAAAAGAGAAUGAUCAACAACACAGACGGCACAGAAGAUCCAGUUUUCAAAGUAAAAUAUGGCAACUUGACUAAGUAUGCUCUCUAUGACCCGUCUAAAAUGACAGUCACUGAUGGGACUCUGAUAAUAAACCCAGUGAAGAGAGAAGAUUCAGGAAAUUACACAUUAGAACUCGAUACAAAGCAAACUGGUGGUGCAGUAACACAUAGAUAUCUUCAGGUGAAUGUUGAAGCUCCCGUUAGCUCAGUGAAAGUGUCAAUCAUCUGCUCCUCUAAUCAGAUGAGGUCAGUGUCCUGCUCCUCUGAGGGGGAUCAGCUCCUCUACAGCUGGACUCUCAAUGGAAAUCCACUGAUGGAUGGAAACAGCAGCAUUCAGCUUGAAGAAGGAACUGAAGGAGAAAUCACCUGCACUGUGAAGAACCACGUUAGCCAAGAAAACAAGACUGUUAGGAUAAAAGACUGUCAUGGAUCAACUACUGGCGCUGUGGCAUCUAACGCGACCUCCAAAGACACAAAGACAAAUGGUAUGAAUGUCUCAACGGUUGAAAAUCCUACUCACACUCACAACAUUGGAGUUCUUUACACAUUUGCGCAGUACUUAUUGAUCUCGUUGGGCUGUGUUGCGGUGAUCCUGAUUCUGAUGUUCAUCAUCGUAUAUCACAUUUACAGGAAGAAACAGCACAAGUCACCAACACCAGCACCUCCUUCUGGAGACGUGGAGCUCAUUUACACUCACAUCUCUCAUCAAAAACCCAACAAGCAAGGUCCAGGGAGGAAAAAAGAAACGUCUCCAGAUGAUGAUGUGGAAUAUUCUGCGGUCAGAGUUCACGAAAAGAAGAAGAACAAGCCGGAGGAAGAGAUUCAGUAUGGAGAGGUGACGUUCAGCCACAAACACUCACGCACUCAAAAACAGCAGCAGCAGCAGCCGGCGGAGGAGUGUGUUUACUCAGACAUACAUAGAAGCUAGAAGAGUCUGAGAAACACACACACACACUCUGCUCAGUCAGAUUUACAGUCCACAAACAUGUGCAUUAAGAGCAUGUGUAUAUUAUGAUGCUUUAUUUCAGUGUGUUAAUAAGGAUGUUGAUAUUGUGCGGCAUGUUAUACUGAAAAUUGAUUCAUUGGAUUUACGAUUUUUUUUAAGGUAAAUGGUUGCAAACAGGGUGGCUCAGUGGUUAGCACUGUGGUCUCACAGCAAAAAGGUCGCUGGUUUAAUCCAGACUGGACAGUUGGUGUGGGUUUCCUCCAGGUGCUCCAUUUUCCCCCACAGUCCAAACACAAGCACCAUACUGUAGGUCAAUUGAAUAAUCUAAUUUACUCAUGGUGUAUAAUUGUGUGUGUGUGUGAAUGAGUGUGUAUGGGUGAUUCCCAGUACUGGGUUGCGGCUGGAAGGGCAUCAGCUGUGUAAAGAAUAUUGCAGAAUAGUUGGCGGUUCAUUCUGCUGUGGCGACCCCUGAUAAAUAAGGGAAUAAGCCAAAGGAAAGUGAAAUGAAUUUAAAUGGGCUGAAUUUAAACAAACUAAAUUUGAGCUGAGCAUUACUAUAGUAAGUUUGUUUAAAUUCAGCCCGUAUAAAUAGUUUGCAACGCCUUACCUUAAGAAAAGAGUAAACUCAGUGAAUCAUUUUCUUUUCAGUGAAUGAACAGAAUUGUACAGAGAAAUGAUAUUUUGAUAGGUACAGAGACGCUUUCUGAGUCUGAACACACACACACAUACACACACACUUCUGCUCGGUCAGAUUUACAGUCCACCACACGUUUACUCGCAGGUACAUAGAAGCUAGAAGAGUCUGUGAGACACACACACACACACACUCAGUCAGAUUUACAGUUCACAAACGUGCAUUCAGAGCAUGUGUAAAUCAUGAUGUUGUAUUUCAGUAUGUUAUUGAUCAUGUUGAUAUUGUGUGGCAUGUUAUAAACAUAGAAUUGUACAUAGAGUUGACAUUUGUAUGCUAUUCGCCUGGGCUUUCUUGUUGUAAUAUUAAAUUCAAAAAGAUUUGCUGUGUUUUUGUGGAAAAUAAAAAUA